AUGCACGCAGAGCAGGAUUACACUUCCUUUGUUUCCUGCCAAACCCUUCAAGGGCGAGGUUUCACCGUAUUCUGCGCAAACAACGAUGCCAGCAAGAGCGGAUACAUGUCGGAUCUCAACUUCGAGGACAUGAUGACCAACGUCAACCGGGGCAUGACAUAUCUGCGUAACCUGACCGAUAUCGACAAGGUCGUCAUGCUUGGCCACAGUGGUGGGGGCACCAUGAUGGCUGCGUACCAGGAUAUUGCAGAAGAUGGUGCUUCAGCCUGCCAGGGCUCGGAGAAGAUCUACCACUGCUCAAGUGCAAUGGACGAUCUCGAGCCUGCAGAUGGCUUGAUGCUCCUGGCGGCCAACUACGGUAUUUCGACCAUGACAUUCUUAAGUCUGAAUCCUGCGUUCAUGGACGGGAGUAACGCGUCCAAGAUCAACCAGUCGCUCAACGUGUUCAACCCCAAUAACGGCUUUAACAACAUCACUCGGUCUAACUACACUGCCGAGUUCAAGAAGGCCUUCCAGGCUGGAGCUGUGGCCCGCAACAACCGCAUCAUAAAAUACGCUGGGGAGCGUCUUGUGGCUAUCGAAGCAGGAAACAGCACUAACAAUGACGACGAGCCAUUUACCAUCCCGGCCAUUGCCGACCAGUGGGAGGGAGGUGCUCUCAAGACCACUAUCAAGCGCUACCUCUCGAUAUUUGCAAUUCGGGUCGGCGAUGACUACAUCCUCGGAGCCGACGGGAUUGAUGGCAUCGACUAUGCUUCCAGCAAUAUGGCUCCCCUCGCUUCCAUUAAGGGCGUCACUGUUCCUCUUCUUACCAUGAGUAUGACUGGACACUACGAUUACUUGAACGCCGAGAAGCUGCACCUCAAUGCUGGCAGUAAUGACACCGCUAUUGCCUUUGUUGAGGGGGCCCAGGACACCAUCAAUACUAGCACUGCUUACGAGUCUUACCCUGGAUAG